ACAUUCCACACGUGUUUUCUUUUUAUAUUAUUUUUUUUGCUUUGGAAGUUGCUGUGAUGGGCAAACGACGGAGAAAAAGCCCUGUUAGUAGAAUAGACGUGAAAAGGAGAAGAUUGUUACGGAAAUUGGAUAAAUUAGAUCGCGCUUCGGGUUUACACAAAGAGAGCAGUUGCAGCAGCGAUACAGCUGACACGAGAUCCGAACGCGGAAGUACACCAAUGGAGUCUAAUAGCGAUUAUGGACACUUCGAGGACCUUAUUCACGAGGAUUCUAUUGCUUUUUCUGAACAAGAUGAAAAUCGAGAUCCUAACGAGUCUGUGGAGGAGAUUCCCUUAUCCAGUGACAUUUUGAAAAUUAUCGGUUGCGAUGGAAGUACUAAGGAAACUGGAUCGCAGGCAAUUAGAAAAGAAUUAGUUUCUAGUUGGUCUGAUGUUAUUAAACGAAGACUAAGUGAAGAAGUUCGUGCAGAUUGUGUGCUUCGCUAUCCGCCUCCAAAAAAUUGUUUGUUUUUGGAAGCUCCUAAGCUAAAUUUAGAAGUAGUUGCAGCAGUUAAUGAUGUGGCUAAAAACCGAGAUAAUCGACUGAUUAUUUUUUAA